UCCCGCCCUCCUCCCUGCCCCUGUCUCUGUCACUCACAGGCAGGGCCAGGCCAGCCCAGCCAUGGCAGCCAUGCUAACCUGGAUUCCUGUCCUCGUGGGUCUCCUGGCAGGGCUGGGGGGCACCAAGGCCCAGCAGACCACCCUACACCCGCUUGUGGGCCGCGUCUUUGUGCACACCUUGGAUCACGCGACCUUUCUGCGCCUUCCGGAGGACGGCGCUGUGCCCCCCACCGUCCGCAUCACCUACCAUGCCCACCUCCAGGGACACCCAGACCUGCCCCGGUGGCUGCGCUACACCCAGCGCAGCCCCCGCCACCCUGGCUUCCUCUACGGCACCGCUACCCCAGAAGAUCGCGGGCGCCAGGUCAUCGAGGUCACAGCCUACAAUCGGGACAGCUUCGACACCACUAGGCAGAGGCUGGUGCUGGUGACGGGGGACCCAGAAGGUCCCCUGCUGCCCUACCAAGCUGAGUUCCUGGUUCGCAGCCAUGAUGUGGAAGAGGUGCUGCCCUCCACACCAGCCAGCCACUUCCUCACAGCCCUGGGGGGCCUCUGGGAGCCCGGGGAGCUCCAGCUGCUCAACAUCACUUCUGCCUUGGACCGUGGGGGCCGUGUCCCACUUCCCAUUGAGGGUCGCAAGGAAGGGGUGUACAUCAAGGUGGGCUCUGCCUCACCCUUCUCUACCUGCCUGAAGAUGGUGGCAUCCCCCGACAGCCAUGCCCGCUGCACCCAGGGCCAGCCUCCACUUCUGUCCUGCUAUGACACCUUGGCACCCUACUUCCGUGUUGACUGGUGCAAUGUGUCCCUGGUGGACAAGUCAGUGCCAGAGCCUGCAGAUGAGGCCCCAACCCCAGGCGACGGGAUCCUGGAGCAUGACCCAUUCUUCUGCCCACCCACUGAGGCCCCGGCCCGUGACUUCCUAGUGGACGCUCUGGUCACCCUCCUGGUGCCCCUGCUGGUGGCCCUGCUACUCACCUUGCUGCUGGCCUACAUCAUGUGCUGCCGGCGGGAGGGACGGCUGAAGAGAGACCUGGCCACCUCCGACAUCCAGAUGGUUCACCACUGCACCAUCCACGGGAACACAGAGGAGCUGCGGCAGAUGGCAGGAAACCGCGAGGUGCCCCGGCCACUCUCCACCCUGCCCAUGUUCAAUGUGCGCACAGGCGAGCGGCUGCCCCCCCGCAUGGACAGCGCCCAGGUGCCCCUCAUCCUGGACCAGCACUGAGGGCCCAGCCAGGGAGCAGCCACGAUGCCUGGCCAGGCGCAUCCCGCCUGCUGGUCCCAGCUCCUGGUCCCGCUAGCCCCAGGCUCUGAACAAGCAGAGAGAUG